CUCGACGGUCACACCUGCGCUGCGCCUGCACCGCCUACCUAGUACUCCGUAGAGAGCCAGAGCGACGGGAAAGAUAUACGCACUCGUACUUGCACCUGCAGGUCUCUACUGGUCUACUCGUACACCAAACCUAUAAUGUUUUCAUGUCGAACUUUCCGAGUGCUCGAUCAUCGUCAAUUCCCAUUCGCAUAGCUAUUGAUCGACAACACCAUGUCUGCUUCACGGCCCCGUCGAAGCCAUAAAAAGUCCAAAGCCGGUUGUCAAGUAUGUACACCCUCUCCGUGCUUCUGCUCUGCCUCUGCCUCUACCUCUGCCUCUGUGCCAACGCGUACCUGCAUAUACUAUAUGGACAAAGUCAACACCACUUCUAACCACUCGUUCCCCCGCAGAGAUGUAAACUUCGGAAGAUCAAAUGCGACGAGAUCCAUCCCGUCUGCGGAAACUGCGCCAAACAUGGCGUCUCGUGCGAUUUCGAGGGCUCGUCCAUCAAUCCCAACUCACACUCGCCAGUCAACAACUCUCCCAUCACCGCAAAUGGCUUCUUCGCCCAUAGGAAGACCAGCUCCGCGAGCCCUAACAGUGCCACUUCGGUCUCAUCUUCAGCCAAAAGCCCUCUCGCGAACUCCUUGACCAUGUAUCAAACACCCGCAACACUCAUACGCCCAAAUACCAACCAGGCCAGCUCAAGACUGCUGGAACUCAAGCUCAUGUCAGUGUGAUAUACCCACCCGCUUCACCAGCAGAUAAUUCUAAUACUCAGAACAGGCACCACUAUACCGCACGAACCGCAUAUACUUUUGCCGACACCGAUGACGCCACUUUGGCAUGGCAGGAGGCGGUCCCGUCCAUAGCAUAUAACGCCGGCUAUCUCAUGGAUGCCAUUCUGGCCGUCUCGGCUCUACAUCUUCGUUUAAUCGAACCCAACGACCGGGCUCUCGUUCGCGCAUCGCAUAGCUAUAUGGCCGCCAGUUUGGCCCAGUAUUCCUCCUUAUUGACGAAUGGUGCCUCUCAGAUCAACGCCGAAGCCCUUUUUUCGACGGCGGCGCUAAUAGCCUUCCAGGCUUCGGCAUUGAGGAUCUAUGAGGGCAUGGACAAUCAUCGCUAUACCGUACCUCUGGCCUGGUUUCACUCCUUCCAAGGAGUGAAGACCAUCGUUCUGACUAGUUGGCAGUGGCUGAGGAAUAGCCGGCGCAUCUUCCCUAUCAUUAACAGCCAACCGGCGCUCAGUUUAAAUCUAAAGCCCGACAGUAGAUCUUUCUUUGCCCCAUUGUUGGAAGGUAUGGAUGCGCAACUGGAAACACUACCAGCUCAUUUGGUCGAAUUAACCAGGGGCGCUUACGAACACUCGGUAGCCUUUUUGAACUGGGGGUUCGAAAAUCCGGUGCGGCACAGGAUCUUGUCAUUCCCUGCUACCGUGUCCCGCAGGUUUAUCGAAAUGGUCACUGAUCAAGACCCUCGCUCUCUGGUCAUAGUGGCAUGCUUCUUUGCCUUGACCAAGCCUGUCGAUGAUGUAUGGUGGCUGCAAGGCGUUGCCAAACGAGAGGUGAACGGUAUAAUGACAAUAUUACCCCCCGAAUGGCGCCCAAAAAUGGAAUGGGCUUUGAAGAUUGCCAACCACGAGGGCACCAUGGACGAGAAAACAUGGGGAACUUCGCUACACCCAGAGGGCACCAUGGUCGGAGAGCCAUUGUCCUUUGAUCAGACCUUUUUGGAUGAAAUAGUGGUGAUGACACAAAUCAUCGAUACGUAUUCCCCACAGGACUGA